AUGCCUGGGUAUAACGACGCUGAUGAAGGUAGUGGGGAUAGUGGGGUUAUACAAUCUGGUGGUCCAAGUAAGGAUGCUGUCAAGAAAUUGGAUCAGAUUAUACAGAACUUCCACACUAAAGCUGCUGUUGUGGUCCUACAAUCUCGAGUUUCCCUACCUGUGGUCAUCUUAAAGGACGGUUCCAAGAAAGUCAACAAAUGGUUUCAAAUUGAGACCGACGACACAACGUCCUUUCGAGAAGAGUUGAGUCAGUGGCGGACUUGCGGCAGCUUCCAGAAUCGACCACCACCCCUCCUAAUCGAAACAUACCUCGACACCUCCGAAUUAACAAAUAGCCAGAGUCUUGUUAUCCUGGAUGAUGAAGGGAAGCGAUGGGAUGUAUUGGAGGCACUCAAUUCCAGCGGAUCGAGUGAUGGAGGUUCUCGUCUGCGAAGACGAAAUAAGGAAGUAAUAUUGGAGCGUUGGAGAAUCGAACUCAAAGAUAGUCCAGGGGAACGGGCAUACGACUUUGGUACAUCACUGCCAACAGUCUACAAGAAGUGCAUUGUCUUCUUUCGCUCGUUGUAUGCGACCACCAAAUUUGUGCCAACCUGGAGAUUUGUAAAGAACUUGGCGAAAACUGGAUCAGCGAACAGUUCCCUGCGGAUCAACUGUCGAAUCUUGAACAACGACGUUCAGCCCAGUCGAUUUGAUGCGCUUACUCACCCUCUUUAUGAGACUGGAGGUCCUGUCACAACCGACUAUUUCCUGGGAUCGACAGACACUCCAGUGGGACAAUUCUGCGCCGAAGUCGUGUAUCGAAAUGAUUGUAACUUCCGUGUUGAUGACUCUGAAGCCCUUCUAAGCUCGAGAUUUAUGGGAGCAGAUGAGCACUUUUUCCAGCCUUCGUUAGGGAUAACGACUGAUAACCGACGCCAAUCAUCACGGGCCGUUGAAGUUGGCUCUUUACCAGCACACCGGCAGCAAACCGAAGACUCCGAGCCAAUUCAAGCUUAUGGCAGCUUGUCAACAUUUCAUGGCGACGCACCUCCAAGGGGUUCCAGCCCCAUCUCCGCCCUUCGAGCAGCCAAAACCAUGGGAUCAGAGACGAAUUCUCCACCCAUGGGCUCCGUACCUAAAUCUAGACCCAUACAGACCUCUAGAGCUUCUUUGAUCUCAUUAGAAGGUAUCAAUAUGGCAAGAAGGCCAUCUGUAUCAUUUCAGCCUUUCAAAGCUGGGUCCCUUUCCUCCUCUCCUGGCCGUAGCACUCCGUUACAUCACGCCAGUGAUAUGCUUCCACCUCAGUCACCACAAUCGCUUCCUCGAACCUCUGGUAUUAGUACUCUAGCUCAAGCCCGGAACCGCUCGUCUCUCACAGCUGGCAUGCCAGCGUCUUUAAGGGGUGGCCCGCUCGCGCCAGAUAAUGUAGUCUCGUCCUCUGCAUCAAGUUCACCGAAACCUGCUCCUAUAAAUCGUUAUAGCAGCAGCUUUACCCACCGCCGGGGGCGGUCUUCGUUUGGCGGCACAAGCAAGAUUGUCGACGAUGAUCAACAUAGCAGCGGCAAGCAAAGCUUAUCUUCGUCCUCUGCACAACCUGGUUCUGGUAUCCUCGCCGAAGCAGGUACCGGGGCAAGUUCAGGAUCUCUGCAGACUGAUGAUGACAAUAUCUCAGAGUUCCUGAAGCUGCUGGAUAGUAAGAAGACUCUGCAAAGUUUCGAGCAGUCGGGAGAAGCGUCUGCCAAGCGGACAAGUGCACAGCUCUCGAAAUUCCAGUCAAUGCGUGACUCCAACAAUGCGUUGACCGAAUCGAUGUCAUCUUCUACGUUGUUACAUCGGUCUUCAAGCUCAUCAAGUCGACAACUAUCUAGUGUCCCGCCAAUGGUUGCGGCUACAUCGAUGUCGGCAUCAUCGUCGCCUGGAAAGCCUGUAUCACCUCACACUCCGCACACGCCCGCCGUGCCUUCACGUCUGAGUGCAAAUUCUAUUGCAGAGUAUUCAGAGCCUCGCAGAUUGCCUCAUCGCAGCAGGACAGCUGCUGAUGCGGCCCUUGAGGAUGUUGCUGACGAUGAUGCCCCAUCGAACGAGCUUGGUACUAAUGCAAUCGAUAUCCCGACAUCUCCGAGGACAUACUUCCCACAUGCUCGGCGAUCAAGCUCUGUUGCUCAGCAACACAGGUCUCUCGCCGUUGAGGAUGAUCUGGGGGACCUGCCAUUUGGCAUUCAUCGGAGUAUCAGUUUGGGAGCCGAUGACCGCGAGCCACCUAGUUUGAGUGCACUACUUGGGCCGGGUCACACCACCGAGAAUGUGGCUUCUACAUCGUCACCCUCCCAACGUGGUCUCCGACCAGCUCCCCAUAUCUCGGAGACUCCGAUGUCCCUUGAGGCACAUGAGUCAGAACCUCAGCAAGUAUCGCGUGUGCUCUCUGCUGGCUCUAUGAACUCACCGUACCGCCCGAGACUGGGGAGAACUGGAGGACGUGGUGUAACUCCUCCGCAAACAGGCUCUAACUCCAGCUUGAUAGAAAGAGGAAGUGGCAGUGGUAGUGAGAGGGCAAGUGGCAGAUACAGCUUUACGAGACCGGCGGGCACAUACGAAGCUGAUGACGAACCACUGCUCUUCCAAAUGAGUGAGAUAGGAAGAGACAACUCGGGACGAAGAAGUCUUGAGGAGCCCAGGGGAGGGGGGAAUAUAGGCCCCACCGAACGAGGAGGAUUUGAGCCUAGGGGAGGGGAGUCGGGCUCGAGUAGCAGAAGGGGCAGCCGACGCUGGUAA